UGUUAGAUCGGGUCUGUGGGGGGGAUAUUGUUAUUAUAAACGAACAACGACUGCUUACCAGCAGCAAAGUGGUAAAAAUCAUGAACGCACGCGCCUUACGAAGUUCCCUGUUCAUUUGUUUUAUCGUCGGUUUCUCCAGGGCCCAGAUUCUAUCAGAAAUAUUGCAUGGGAUCGAGGAUGCAGCAUCCACAUUCACGGAGUCGGUCGCAAACGUGACAUUGCGGGACGAUGACGGUAAUCCUGUUUUGUUAGAUCUUAAUUUGGGUUACCCUGAAACCUUGUCGGAAACUGAACGGGACUUGCCGAACCGUGUGUUCUUCUACCUGUACACGAGGGAUAACAAGAAUGAUUCUCAGCAGUUGUACCCCAAUGACACAACCUCUUUAAAAAGCAGCAAUUUCGAUCCGACAAAAGAAACAAUAUUCCUUAUACACGGAUGGAUGUCCUCUGCCCAAGGCCCCAUGGUUAAAACUGUUCGGGAAGCUUUCAUGGAACAUGGUGACUACAACAUAAUCGCUGUCGACUGGUCAAAAAUAGCGUCGAAGCCGUAUAUUUGGUGCAGUGAUCGAGUAGUGAUGGUCGGUCGUUAUGUCGCCUCCAUGACCGACUUUCUUCAGGUAAAAGGAAUGAAUAUGUCUCGGAUAACCAAUGUGGGUCACUCCCUUGGCGCUCACAUUGCCGGAUUGUCAUCAUAUUAUGCCACAACCUUAGCGCAUUACGUCGUCGGUUUGGAUCCAGCGCUUCCACACUUCGAGACUGCUAAGGAAGGUUCUAGUUUAACUCGUAACGAUGCGAAAUAUGUUAUGAUUAUCCACACGAGCUUGAUCGGUUAUAAAAAUGCGAAUGGCUACAGUGACUUCUAUCCGAACGGUGGUACAUGGCAACCAGGCUGUUUAGCCGAUAUCGCGUGUUCGCAUUUACGUUCGUUUUACUACUUCGCGGAGUCGAUCAACACUAAGAAGGGCUUCUGGUCAAAGAAAUGCAGUUACGAGUUGGAAUUCCGGUUAGGCUUAUGCAACUCAAAUGCCAAUGCCCUUAUGGGAGGCGCCGAACCCGAUUUCAGUGUUGAAGGUAUAUACUACUUGAAGACGGCCAGCGAGGCUCCGUAUGCGUUAGGACGUCAGUAAACUUAAUUUCUUAGUUGUAUCUCCAAAUACAUUUUGACAGAAGUAUGGCUGCCGAUGAAAUUUCGAAUUACUUUUACACAAAUUACUAACAGCUCAACUGCACGAGGAAUUGUCAAACGCUUGCAUUAUUCUUUAAUAAAUGAUGUCUAUGAUAUCCUAUCAUGUUGAACGACCAA